CUCAUUCAACACCUUAGAAUUAAUUCCGUAUCCUGAUCUGCUGUUACCGCUACCUAUAUCUAUCAUCAAAAUGCUAUCUCAAGUCAUAAAUACCAGUCCGUCCCGUGCACCAAAUAGACGCCCCCGGACCUUCCUUUACUUAUACACUUUCGUGAAUUGUAACAUGCCAGCUACAAUAUACAUAAUUUUUUUCUUCUUUAAACAUGACAAACCCCAUCAACCCCCGGUUGAGCAUCUUGCUCCACCAAGCAUCACAUACCACCGCCUCUCUCUCCUCUUCCUCUCUCUCUCUCUUUCCUGUUUCUCGUCGGCCACCUAUGUCGUCCCAUCCAAAUCCCUUCAUUAAGACCGAUUCUGCAUCAGCAUGCAGAGCAUCCCAGUAUCCUCUAUCAGAUAAUCCAGACCACAUUCAACUUCUCCUUUACUAGAAAUCUUCUCGGCCACCAAAAUAUCCAUCCAUCAGUAAAACGAGAGCAAAAAAGAGCCGAACUUGUAAAUAACGCCUCCUGCUAUGUAUGCGGGUUCAAAAUGCCAAACCAUGCCGGCAGUGGUACCAAACAAAAUUCCACAUGCUGUUUCG